CGCCCCGGCGAGCACCAUGCCUACCUGCCGCCUCGGUCUGCUCGUCGCCGCCCUCCUCCUUGGCCUGCUGCUGGGCCUCCCCCCGGUCACAGGCACAGGAGCAGGGAAAUCAGGCGUGUGCCCCGAGCUACAGGGGGACCUGAACUGCACGCAGGAGUGCCUCUCGGAUGCGGAAUGCACGGACAAUCUCAAGUGCUGCCAGGCCGGCUGCGCCACCUUCUGCCACAUGCCCAAUGAAAAGAAGGGUUCCUGCCCUCAGGUGGACAACGCCUUCCCCCAGCUCGGCCUCUGCCUGGACCAGUGCCAGGUGGACAGCCAGUGUCCUGGUCUGUUGAAAUGCUGCCACAAUGGUUGCGGGAAGGUGUCCUGUGUCACACCUGUCUUCUGAGCCACCAGCCUGAGGAGUGGGCGAGUGGAAGUGUCUGCCUGGCCCUGUCUGGCUCCAGCCCAGCUGCCCUCCUCCCUUCCUGGCCUCU